CUCCGCGACGACAGCGACGACGAGGCCGGCGAAGGAGGAAAAGGCAGGCGAGCACGAAAAGCCGGAGGGCAACUCUCGUCCUCGUCCCCAAAGGGCAGCGGCAGGCCGGCUAUCGCCAGAUCCAUCCAAACCUUCUCGCGCAACCCUCCAAAAGAAAUAAUAAACAAACAAAAAAGGCAUGCGAGGGGAUAGAGACAGAGACUGAGAGAGAGGGGAAGGAGGAAGAAGAUAGUGUGUGAGAGAAAAAUAUUGACAAGUUUGGGUAGGGAGAAGAAGUGGGGGGUUGGGUGCGUGCGUGUAGGCCCCGCAUCCCCCGCGGGUUUUACUUUUUGAGCCGCCCGGUUUUGUCGUCUCCUCCGUCCGUCCGGCGUCCGGCUCCGCACCUCGCUAUUACCCCUCGCCCCUUCCCUCCUUCCUGUUCCCCUCCAUCACUCCCUCGCCUCCCCCGCUGUGCCGGCCUGCACACACAGACACACACACCACAGCCUACAGCGCUUCUGCUGCUCCAGCUCCUCGUACUACCGCGCCCGCGCGCUGCUCGUUCCCCGGCCUCUGCUUGCUUGGCUCGUCGAGCCCAGAGGUUGGUGGAGAGGCGGGGCUUAUUGCCCCAGAUAGGAGAUCGGGGACGCGGGAGGGCGCGUCGCGCUCGGGCCGGUCUCGGUUCAGCGGGAUCACUUGCCCGUGGCCGUGGUCGGGCCUCCGGCGCCCAUGUGGUGAGCCAAGCCAGGCUUUUGUUGCCCGGGGGGCAGAGAUCUUGCACUUGCAGCAGUGAAGCCGGCGGUGCGGUCCGGUCCGGUCCGGAGCCGAGCGGCGCCCACCGCCAUGGCCGGCAGCGACGAGGUCAACCGCAACGAGUGCAAGGGGGCGGUGCCGAUCCACACAUGGGUCCUCAUCUCCAACUUCAAGCUGGCGUACAACAUGCUCCGGCGGGCGGACGGCACCUUCGACCGCGACCUGGCCGAGUUCCUGGACCGGCGGGUGGCGCCCGACGCGCGGGCCCAGGAGGGGGUCUCCUCCUUCGACCACGUGAUCGACACGUCGACCGGCCUGGAGGUCCGCAUCUACCGCGCCGCCGCCAACAACAACGGCGGCGGCGGCGCCACCCUGCCCAUCCUGGACUUCCUCGGCGGCACGCCGGCGGCGUCGACGCCGUUCCCGGUCAUCCUCUUCUUCCACGGCGGCAGCUUCGCGCACUCGUCGUCCGGCACGGCCAUCUACGACAACCUGUGCCGGCGGCUGGUGAGGCUGAGCAAGGGCGUGGUGGUGUCGGUGAACUACCGGCGCGCCCCGGAGCACCGGUACCCGUGCGCGUACGACGACGGGUGGGCGGCGCUCAAGUGGGCGACGUCGCAGCCUUCCCUCGGCAGCGGCUCGAGCGGGGGCGCCCGCGUGUUCCUGUCGGGGGACAGCUCCGGCGGCAACAUCGCCCACCACGUGGCCGUCCGCGCGGCCGUGGCCGGGAUCCGCGUGCGCGGCAACGUGCUGCUGAACGCCAUGUUCGGCGGCGCCGAGCGCACGGAGUCGGAGCGGCGGCUGGACGGCAAGUACUUCGUGACGCUCCAGGACAGGGACUGGUACUGGAAGGCGUACCUGCCCGAGGACGCCGACCGGGACCACCCGGCGUGCAACCCGUUCGGGCCCAACGGACGGCGCCUCGCGGGGCUGCCCUUCCCCAGGAGCCUGAUCAUCGUGUCGGGCCUGGACCUCACCUGCGACCGGCAGCUGGCCUACGCCGACGGCCUCCGGGAGGACGGACACCAUGUGAAGCUCGUGUACCGCGAGAAGGCCACCGUGGGCUUCUACCUGCUGCCCAACACGAACCACUACCACGAGGUCAUGGAGGAGAUAGCCGACUUCCUCAGGGCUAACCUCUAGUACAUACACAGCUAGCCGCUGAUCGUUGGUGGUGGUGGUGAUGGUCGUCGUCGUCGUCUCCACGGAAAACUUCACUCGUUUUUAUAGCAAGACAAGAAGAUGGUAAGCCUGACUUUACAGUCGUUGUACCGAUCUGCUUGCUCUCUUCCUUGUGCUGCUGUCCAUGGCAAGGCAAGUGGUGCGCUCAAAAAGGACAGGCAGGCAGCUGCCUCCCCCCAUGUUGUGAUGACAAAACUCUAGUAGCUAGGAAAGGAAUCACGGUGACCUUUUGUUUCAUUCGUCGUGGUCGGGUCAAGUCUCACGUUCCGCUGAUCACAAAGCUCGAUGGUCUGCGGCGGCCUGCGGCGCCCCCCCCCCCCCCCCCCCCCCCCCUGGUUGAUGGAGAGAAGCCUAUUUAUUUAUUUCGCCUUCAAUCGCGCGCCCCCCUCUGGGCCGGGCUCCGGAGGGGGAAUUCAUCGUCUAACAUUCUACAGUGUGUUGUACAGUACAGUGGUGGGUGGACUGGCACUGGCCUUUUUUUGUUGCUGUGUUCGAUGUACUAUUACUGGUAGUUUCGCACACUCUAUGAAUCGUGUUAUUGUUAUUAUC